AGCCCUCACGGCCACAAGGCCCACUAAGCACACGCCCGAGCGGGGAGCACCCCUUCUCACUUUGUCAAAUCUCCAAUAGCUCCGGUAACCCUACUCCCGGCGACGGGGAUCCUGCACUCUUGGGUUCUUGCAUCCCGCAUACCCUCGAAAGCUCGAAAGAUCCCGCGGCGCAGCAGCCACCCUUCUCUCCUCUCCGCUCCCAAUCUUAUCGUCGCCUCCCUCGAAGUCGCCGCUGCCUUCAUUCCACCAUGGCGCUUCACGCCCCGGUCCACGUGAUGAAGGACUCGCUGAAGCGGGAGUCUGGCGCGAAGGUUCACCAAGCCAACAUCCAGGCGGCCAAGGCUGUUGCUGACAUCAUUCGCACGACAUUGGGUCCCAGAUCCAUGCUGAAAAUGCUUCUGGACGCUGGUGGAGGUAUUGUGGUUACUAAUGAUGGUAAUUCUAUUUUGAGGGAAAUAGACAUCGCACACCCUGCUGCCAAGUCUAUGAUUGAACUAAGUCGUACACAAGAUGAAGAAGUUGGUGAUGGCACUACAUCUGUCAUUGUUCUAGCUGGAGAGAUGCUACACGUUGCACAGGCAUUCAUUGACAAGAACUACCAUCCUACUGUUAUUUGUCGAGCAUACACCAAAGCGCUUGAUGAUGCUAUUGCUGUACUUGACAAAAUUGCAAUGCCGGUUGAUGUGAAUGAUCGCGGGGCAAUGCUAGGCCUCGUGAAGAGCUCCAUUGGUACAAAAUUCACUGGCCAGUUUGGUGAUCUUAUUGCUGACCUUGCUAUUGAUGCUACAACAACAGCAGGCGUUGACCUUGGUCAGGGUAUGCGUGAAGUUGAUAUCAAGAAAUACAUUAAAGUUGAAAAGGUUCCUGGUGGUCAGUUAGAGGAUUCUAGAGUCCUUAAAGGAGUUAUGAUCAAUAAGGAUGUUGUGGCUCCUGGAAAAAUGAGGAGAAAGAUAGUUAACCCCCGUAUCAUCCUGUUGGACUGCCCUGUUGAGUAUAAGAAAGGAGAAAAUCAGACCAACGCUGAAUUGAUGAAGGAAGAAGAUUGGCAGGUUCUCCUAGAGAUGGAGGAAGAAUAUAUAAAGAACCUUUGCGCUCAAAUUCUAAAAUUCAAGCCUGAUUUAGUUAUCACAGAGAAAGGGCUCAGUGAUCUCGCUAUCCAUUAUUUGAGCAAGGCUGGUGUUACUGCAAUCCGUAGACUUAGGAAAACUGACAACAACAGGAUUGCUAAAGCUUGUGGGGCAGUUAUAGUGAACAGGCCUGAGGAGCUCCAAGAAUCUGAUGUGGGAACAGGAGCUGGCCUGUUUGAGGUCAAGAAGAUAGGUGAUGAAUUCUUUGCCUUUAUUGUUGACUGUAAAGAUCCCAAGGCAUGUACUGUUCUGUUGAGGGGAGCAAGCAAGGAUGUAUUGAAUGAAGUUGAGAGAAACCUGCAGGAUGCCAUGUCUGUUGCAAGAAACAUUUUGAAAAAUCCGAAACUCCUUCCUGGAGGUGGUGCUACAGAGCUGACUGUAUCAGCAACACUGAAGCAAAAGAGUUCUUCAGUUGAAGGCGUGGAAAAGUGGCCCUAUGAAGCUGCUGCUCUAGCAUUUGAGGCAAUUCCAAGGACUUUGGCCCAAAAUUGUGGUUUGAAUGUUAUUAGGAUAAUGACACAACUUCAGGGAAAGCAUGCUAAUGGUGAAAAUGCGUGGGUUGGCAUUGAUGGAAGGAGUGGCGAUAUCGUUGAUAUGAAAGAGCGAAAGAUCUGGGAUUCCUACAGCGUUAAAGCGCAGACGUUCAAGACAGCGAUUGAGGCUGCUUGCAUGCUUUUGAGAAUAGAUGACAUUGUCAGCGGUAUCAAGAAGAAGCAGGCUCCUGGAGCCUCAGCUCCCAAGCAACCCCAAAUUGAAACUGAGGGUGAUGCCGACAAUGAGCAGAUGAUCCCAGAGUAGAGGCUGUGACCAACCUGCACUGUCAAAGUUGUUUACUAGUGCCGGAAUAGCACUUUGAAUAGAGUUCAUUUUAUUUGAGUGUUGGUGGUUAGCCUUAGGUUUUAUAUAUAGUUUGAUACACUCGUCCGAGGGUUUUUUGUAGUGUGGUUGCUGCGCAUUUUGCUUUGGACAGAUGGACGAACUUUACCUGUUGUAUGCCGUAAAUCUACCUAAUACAUGGUAAUGCUGUUGUUUCCCAUGAUC